UCCGACCCGGAAGGCGGAGGGCGGCGGGGCAGGUGGGAGCGCCGCCCGCAGGGCCAGGCGGGGAGCUGGGGCUGCAGGCGCCGCCCCGCGGCUUGUGGCUCGCGGCGGGAGGAGCGGCAGUCGCCGGCCCGCGGUGCGCGUCUGGCUGUGGCUGAGCGGGGCGGGCGCGCCAGGACCACCCAGCGAUGCUGCCGCCGCCACCGCUGUAGCGACCGCCCGAGCCCGCAGCGGAGGAAGACAUGAACACACCCGUGGAUGCCAGAAGCCUAUAAGCUUGACGGCAUCUGGAAGGCGCAGAGCGGUGGCCUCCGAGGACCAGCUCCUUCACCUUGGCCUUGCCCUUCAGCUCACAGUCCACCAUGGAGACGCUCUCCCAGGACUCCUUGCUGGAAUGUCAGAUCUGUUUCAAUUACUACAGCCCCCGGCGAAGGCCCAAGUUGCUGGAUUGCAAACACACCUGCUGCUCCGUGUGCCUCCAGCAGAUGAGGACGAGCCAGAAGGACGUGAGGUGCCCCUGGUGCCGCGGCGUCACCAAGCUGCCCCCGGGCUUCUCCGUGUCGCAGCUCCCUGACGACCCCGAGGUCCUGGCAGUCAUCGCCAUUCCGCACACUUCUGAGCACACCCCGGUCUUCAUCAAACUUCCCAGCAAUGGGUGCUACAUGCUGCCCUUGCCCAUCUCCAAGGAGCGCGCGCUGCUGCCGGGAGACAUGGGCUGCCGCCUGCUGCCUGGGAGCCAGCAGAAGUCUGUUACCGUGGUGACCAUCCCUGCCGACCAGCAGCCUCUGCAGGGUGGGGCCGCCCCCGAGGCAGUGGAGGAGGAGCAGGACCGGCGGGGUGUGGUGAAAAGCUCCACCUGGUCUGGGGUGUGCACUGUCAUCUUGGUGGCCUGCGUCCUGGUCUUCCUUCUGGGCAUCGUGCUCCACAACAUGUCUUGCAUUUCUAAGCGCUUCACUGUGAUAUCAUGUGGCUGAAGAGGGCCACCGGGAAGUCUCUGGUGGGUGCCAACUUAGGGGUUGAGCAGGUGUUGGUGAUGGGAUCCCGGGGAGAAGUUGGGGGGCGACACUGACCAUUUGAUGCCGAGUGCUGGCCUCUGGGUUGCCACUUGAUUCACCCCAAGACCGACAUGAAGAGCGGAAGGUGAGCUUUCAGCAAGACGCCAGGAGAAUUGUUCUGAGUUUUAAUGGCAACAGCUUUGAAGAUGAUUGCAUGCAUCCUCAUAAUCAUGUAUUAAAUGGACUGUAAUUUAUGAUUUUUCAAAAUCAUGUUACGAGAUAGACAUAUUCUACUUAGACGUCAAACUGUACAAGUGCGUACAAUGUGAUCUUCUCUAAAUGUGGUAGAUUAAAACAAAGAUGCUGUGUAUACAAGUAGAAUCAAACCUGCGAAUCCAUGUAAAAAUUCAGUGAGGACAUAUGCAGUGCUGGCUUCUCUACUUUUUUUUUUAAAUGAAAUCCAGUCUUCAUUUAGUUGCUGAGGCUUUUUAUACAUUUUGAAUGGCACCCAAGUCAAAAUAAGUUAAGUGGACAAUUGUUUUUUAGAGAAAAUAUUUGAAGAAAUGUCUCCAAUGUGUUGUGUUUUGUCAUGCACCUUCAUUUCUCCUCACUCGUAAUUAGAGCUCGCUGCGUGUUUAUUAAACAGAAAGCCCAACAGGGGAGCAAUAAACCGAGAAAUAAUGAGAAAUGCCUAAUCCCACAGGAAACCUGUAUGCCAAUUUUUCUCAAGCCAUCUCACAAAAUGAGAAUUUAAAAUGUAAAUAUUGUGUAUUUGUGUGUGUGCGUGUGUGUGUGUGUGUGUGUAUGUGUGUCUACUUUGAUUUACCUCAGGUUGUUGAGUCUUUCCAGAAGAAUCCUAGGAUUAAGACAUCGUGGGCAUGAAUGUCAUGUAUCUGCUAUGGUGGCCCUCUCAUGGACACCUGAACCCUACGAGUGAGGGGUCCCCUACCUGUUCCCUCCAACACUUGCUCCUCUUCUGUGUAUUUAAGUCUUGUAUUUUGUAAGACAUAAAUGGAGGAUAAUGGAAGAAUCUUUCUUUUCUCCCAGUUUUGGAGUAUUGGAAUGGCCAUGAGUGCCAUUAAUUGAUGGCAAACCCGGAUGGGCAUUUUAAUAGAUGGUCUGUGAUUAUUUCUUGGAAGAUGUUUUUCCAUGUGAUUUAAACCAGCUAGAAUUCCAGUUUUUCUCUUGUGGAACUAUGUGAGAAAAUCUCUUGUAUUUCAAGAUAUGUUUUUAUUGAGAAAAGUUGUAAGGUAAACUAACAACUCACAUUCCCAAAGUAAGUGGACCAGUUCCUCAUCAACUGUCAAAUAUUCUUAAAUGUGCAACAGUCUGUAGAUGAUCAUGAAGAAAGAUCUGCUAGUAUUAAGUGAUAAAUUCCUAUCUCUGGGUGCAUGUCAUUCAGAAAUAGCUGUGAGCUUUACAGUUCUCAUUUUCUGGAAUUCAUGAAACAAGUGCUAUGUGACAAGGACUCCACUCAAAUAUAACUGUUUUUAUGUUCCAUUGAUUCCAUGAAAAUGGUGGGGAGGGUGAGGGGAGGUGAAGGCAAGACAAAUAGUGUUACUGGUUCCAAAAAGCAAGGCUAGAAAGUAGCCCUGUGAGAUCGAGACAGUUUCAUUUACUUAUAUGCUAACUGUUAUCUUCAAGCAGCACAAAAUAGGCAUAUUAAAAUGAUGGAAUAAAUGUGAAAUAAAACAAAAAUAUAGUGGCUAGAAUACAAAGCUAACACUGUUAAUUGGCAUGAGAACUCAAUAUAAAAUUAUGAGCUCUGGUUUUUCAAAUUUUUCAAAUUUGUCAAAUAAGACCUUUAGGAAAUGUAUUUGAAAGCUCAAACUAGAAAUUAGGUUAAA